CAAUACAAGCGCGUACCGGUAACCAUAGUCGACAGAACAGAACGAAACGAAAACAGAAACCGAAGAAGAAGAAGAAGAAGAAGAAGAAGAAGAAGUCAAUGGAGGAUUUAUGGAAGAGAGCAAAAUCCUUCGCAGAAGAAGCGGCUAAGAAAUCCCAAACCUUAACCUCCACCUCCACACUCUCCGAAUUGGUCUCCGAAACUGCCAAAAAAUCCAAGGAGCUCGCCGCUGAGGCCUCCAAGACUGCCGAUCUCAUCAAAACCGCCGCCAUCAAGCAAGCCGAUCAACUCAAAUCACUCAAUGUCUCCGACAUUAUCCCUCCUCAACUCUCUUCCAUUUCCAUUCCUAAUUUCUCUGUUCCUUCUCAUCCUUCUCAGUCUGAGCUUGAAAAGUUUGGCCUCAACAACGAUCUGAGAGAUUUUGUUAGAGGAUUUACUCCCACUACUUUCCAGAACUUUCCGAUCCAAGACGAACCGGAUGCGUCGGACGUUGCGGUUACGUCCUCGAAUGUGCGUAAGGAUCUGACGGAAUGGCAAGAAAAGCACGCCACGUUGGUUCUCACCAAUGUCAAGGAAAUUUCAAGAUUAAGAUAUGAACUAUGUCCAAGAAUUAUGAAAGAAAGGAUAUUCUGGAGGAUAUAUUUUACACUUGUCAGCAGUCAUGUUGCUCCAUACGAGAAAAAAUACAUGGAAGAGAUUAAGCUGAAGUCUGAAGAACAAAGAAAAGCCGAUGAAGCCAAGCAAACUCCGUUGGUUGGAGCCUCUGAAAAAGCUGAAGGGCCGGAAAAGAACCCGAAGGGUAUAGCUUCCAAAUCGUCGUCUGCUGAACAAGACUUGGAUACUUUUCUUUUGGGAGAUCUCGAGGACAGUGACGCUGAACGUGCAGAUGAUGGCAACGAAAGCUUCGAUGAUGACUUCGACAAGAUCGAAAACUCGGAUGUCGAUGAAGACAAUUCCAAGGUAAAAGCCACAAGCAGUUAGAAUGUGAAGUACAAGAAGAAGAAGAUGGGGUUUUUAAUAGGAUCGUGGCCUUGGCUUAUAGACAAAAAGAAUGGGCUGUUGAGAAGAAAGUGAAGGUGAAUACUAAUACCAUAUCGAAGUACGGCAGUGCAGGCUUUUUCAUAACCAAAAAUACCAAAAAUAAGAGUGAAGAAGAAGAAGAAGAAGAUUGUUGUUUGUAGAGAAAUAUCCGUAAGUUUUUGCACCUUAUCGAUUCUAUUCAAUUGUAUAAACAACGCUGCCAUUGAUAAACAACUGACUCUCUAUAUAGUGUAUUGGGGAUGGCUGGUUUUCCCUUGCUCGAACUUGUACAGAAUUUACACAAUUACUUUGUCAAAUUCGAUUGUGUUUUACAUUUUUAAA